UUGUUAACAAUUUAAGAUCAACGGCUCGUACAAGUAUCAGCGAAAGAGAGAGUGAGCUUCGAAAUCGAACCGACACUUUUCGCGAUGAAGGAGGGCGACGCCUUGCCGACGACGGCGAAUUCGAAGAAGGAACACUCCGAAACCGUGUUGUUCGGAAGAGGUCGUUACAAGUUCUACGCGUUUGCUGCUCUCUUGCUUCUAGCAUUUUGGUCGAUGUUCACGGGAACUGUCACUCUCCGGUUAUCCACGGGUAAUCUGAACCGGUUAUCUGAAGAUCUCGGGGUUCGAAACUACGAUCACCUCGACGCUCUGGAAAUGGAGAAGAGGGAGAGAGUGGUGAAGCGUAUGUGGGAUGUGUACACUAACAGUCGUCGGAUCAAGUUGCCUCAGUUUUGGCAAGAGGCGUUCGUUGCUGCUUAUGAAGAGCUUACUAGUGAUGUACCUGGGGUUAGAGAUGCUGCUAUUGGUGAAAUCGCGAAGAUGUCGGUUCAGUCUAUCAAUCUUGAUUCGAAUCCUUCCCGAUCUAUGAAGAAGUUGGUUGAACAAGUAUGGUAGAGGAGCUUUGAUCAUUCCAAGAGCGCAAGGGGUCUGGGAAGAAGCUUCAAGAAGAUUCUACACAAGCCAGCAGCAAGUAGCUGAUGAUAAUGAUAUGAUAUAACACACGUUUCACAUAUAAAAACCCAAGUUCAUUUCUACUUGCUGAAGCCAAAAAGAUGAUCCUUUUGAAUUCCAUCGAUUGGUAGUUACAUACAAAUACAUUUAUGAUAUGCAAUAACAUGGGAUCCUUGUGUUAUACUUUCAUAUGUAAUGCAAACACAAUCGAACUCUGAAGUUUAAUAAAUCUUGAAGAAAAUAUUAUUUUUCA